GGACCCAGUGUUUUUGUUUUGGACACCGGCUUUCGGGCGUGCAGACCCUGCGUCUUGAGGACUCACCGUCGGGCCAGUGCAGACCAAGAUGUUCCUCAAGCCGUUCAAAGUUAAAUCCAACUCGGCGCUCAAGGGCUCGGACAGGUGUGUUGAAAGAGAGGUGAUCGGCUCUGGGGAGAACUCUGUCCUAUCUUCUUCGCGCUUAUCUGUCCGGACCGCGGUCCGGAGUUCAAUGACCCGCCUCACCGGCGGCUCCUGACGGCUGAUGCCGAACCUGAGGGCCACUCGGCCGCCGACCGCGGACCAGCGAGGUCGGCCAUUCGGGCGCGAGCUGAGGACGAGGAGGAAUGCGCUGGGUCGACUGAAACAACGAUGACUCCGGCCGAUUGACCGAUAUUGAUCGCGGGUACCCCUACCGCGACUCGUCCUCAGCUCGAGUCCCCGUGCGCGUGGCGGGUAGUCUAAUGUGCAGGCGAAUAUACAACCGAGGGAAAAAAUUAAAAGCUGAUGUCCUCAAGUGCUUUCCUCAGCUAACUGAAGAACACCUUCAGACCCUUUUGCCGAGCAAAGCGUCCGUCAGUGCAGUGAAAUUGCUGACACACAGCAGCACCUACGCCAAUGUCUUCUGCGUGCAAAACGAAUCCGACCCGGCCCCCGUGCCCCUCUUCUUCGAGGUGGAAAAAGCCCAUUAUCCGACUGUAUUUCUGCUUUGGAAGCACCCCAGCCUAUUGUAUCACUUCACGGUUUGGGACCCGGUCAUCGACUUUCUGCGAAAAGGAGCUGACCUCAUGUUGGCUGGUGUUGUUAAUCACAAAGAAAGCGACUUUGGCCAAAAUUUGCAAUUAGGCCAACCGGUGGCCGUCAACACCAACUCUAACAGGGCGGCCAUAGCUGUUGGAAAGGCGGCCAGAAGUAGUCAGGACAUGAGGCAAUUUCCCAGUCAAGGAAAGGGAGUUUUUAUUUUGCACGUCGAAGGAGACCACCUUUGGUUUGGGCCAGGAGCUCGACCGACUGCACCUUCCUUGGGGCCUCCGACUGAUGAAAAAGAGGGAGAAAAUGAUGAGAUUGAGGUUCCCGAUGAGAUUAAAGCAGAGGAAAAUGGUGCGGAAGUAAACAUUGAGGACCCUGUUGAAGAGACUGAAAAUCUCAAUGUUCUAGAGGAAAAAUUGGAAGAGACGAAAAUUUCAGAUGAGGACGCCCAAGCCGGGCCAGAGUUCAUGGAUGAGCUUCUUCGCUAUUGCUUCCUAAAAUCGUGGAAAAACUCUGCCAAAAAAACGCCCCUGCCUUUGCUCACAAGCAACUUUUUCCGAGUGCAUAUGAUUCCUGCGUGCCCUUCGAGGUACACUCUAGACGUAAAAAAGUCUUCUUACAAAAAACUGGGAGCUUUCCUCAAAGCCAUGACGCAAGAGGGUUUGGUCACGAUUAAGGAGCAAGUCAAAGGAGUUGAGUCAAUUGUUGAGGUAAAUUUGGAGCACGAAGCUUUGAAAAAAUUUCACCUGCGCGAAGAUGAUUUCGAAGAGCCCAAAGUGGAAGAGAAGAAGGAAAAGGAAUCUCCGCAUAUUCAGGAGCUCUACAAAAUCACAGCAAAUGUUGCUCCAAUCUUUAAAAACUGUAACUGCAAAAAAGGUGACAUGCUGACUGCCCAGACUGUUAGGAAUAAUGUUACGGAAUAUGUCAAACAAAAUAAUUUACAAAAUCCUGACAACCCUAGAUUUGUCACUUUGAAUGCAACGCUGCAUGACGCUUUGUUAGGAGCUGCAGGUGGAUCAGAUACUGUGAAUAUAACAUGGGAAGAAGUGAUGCAAAAGUGCCUUUCAAGGAUGACCCAGACUUAUCACCUAACAGCAACAGGGCCUCUUACGCAACCGAAACCAGUGAAACUCGAACCAAUUGACAUGCGGGUUAGCACAAGAUCAGGGAACAAAAAGGUCACCCUAAUCAACAACUUGGAGCUUUUUGGAAUUGAUAUUCAAGACUUUGCUAGGAAAUGCCAACAUGGAGUGGCAGCAAGCACAAGUAUUAGUGAAGUGCCUGGAAAGAAGAGCCGAGAAUUGCUUGUUCAAGGAAACCAAGUGGACUUUGUGGCAAAAUUACUGCAAGAGGAAUACAAGAUUCCUUUGCGCUACCUACGAGGACUGGAAGCCGCAGCUGCCAAGAAGAAGAAAAACAAAAAAUAAAUAAAACUUCUCUUUAUAAAAAAAGAA